AUGAAAGUUGGUUUCAAAAGAUCGCAAGAUGUAGAACAUUGCUUGUCAUGGGCAUUUUUAAAACCAAUCGGUGUUAAUGGAAUGAAUAAUACUCAUAACAAAUUGCAAUUGCAACUCUAUAAACCUAAAACUGAUGUUAGAGAAACUGAAGGAAUACAUGUGUUUGAUUGGUGGUCAUCAACCAGAAGAAAAAAAUAUCCAGGGACACUAUAUUUUACCGUCAAAAGCAAACGUAGAAAAAAGUCGGAUUUAAAACCAGCAUCUGAAGAAAAACAGCAGGAACGGAGCAAAAGUCAUAAUGAUUUUAACAAACGAAAGAACCAGAAAAUUGCAAAAGAAGAACCAAGGACUUAUUCCUGGUCCAGAACUUUAGGUCAAGUAUGUAAAUUGCCUAAUUGUCGUUUGAUAAAAUUGCCUACCUUAGACAAGGGCAGUUUAUCAAUUCGCUUCAACCAUGCUGGUGAUUUAUUGGCAUGCGCAUGUGCUGAUACUUUCAAUAUAAAUGUAUACGAUAUUCCUGGAGGAACUUUCCGUUUUGAGCUUACUGGCCAUCAGGGUCUGGUGUACGACAUGUGCUGGACGCACAACGACAUGAAGCUACUCAGUGCAUCUUCUGAUAGAACGGUCUGCAUAUGGGAUAUGAUUGAAGGAAAUUUGUCUCAGUUACUAUCACAUCCAUCCUUUGUAUAUGCCUGCGACGUGACAGUAUCUUCUAGACUGGCAGUGUCUGGUUGCUUUGAUCGUAUAGUGCGAAUUUGGCAACUUGCUUUGGAUCCUAUGUCUUUUUCUGAACCGCCGUCGUAUGAAUUAUAUCAAGAACUACCAGAUGAGCAUAAAGGAUACAUCACUGCUGUUUGUUUUGGAUCGGACAGCAGGACUGUAUAUAGCGGUGAUAGCGCAGGCAUUAUCAACGAAUGGUCAAGAACUUCUGAAGACUUUUGGCAGUGGACCAGACAUAUGUGUCCGGAACUCAAUGCUGUGGUAAACCGUAUUUGUUUGCAUCCAUCCGGAGAACGUCUUCUGGUUCAUGUUCGAGAUAAUAUACUGCGGAUUAUACAUGUAGAAAGAGCUACUGUUGUCCGUUUAUUGAAAGGAGCUACAAAUUUUAGAAUACAAACAUCGGCAUGUUUUUCUCCUUGCGGCAAUUUGGUGUUAGGUGGCAGUGAGGAUGGUUUGGUGACCGUCUGGGACACCGAUAGUGGCCAUCGAAUAGCAGUUUACAAAUUUCCCUGGAUACCAGUGCAACAUGCAGACCAAGAAGAGAAUGAUGAACCUAUCACCGCCAUGGCAGCUGUAGAUUAUCAUCCGAAGGGUCAUGCAGCAGCAUUUUGCGCUUAUGGAUUCAGUACCAGCGUCUACGUGUGCAAAUAUGAUAGAAAUGCGGAUUCUAAUGUCAUUGGACUUACACUGUUCAAAGAAAUAUAA